CUAAUUUUGGAAUUUAUGACAAUUUGCCAUUUAUUUUACCAUUGCCAUAUCUGCUCUUCAAAACAGAAAAGAUCAUUUCUUGAUUCUCAAAUUUUUCUCUAGAGGAAAAAAUGGCUUUAGAGAUCUGUGUGAAAGCUGCUGCUGGUGCCCCUGAUAUUCUUGGAGAUUGUCCAUUCUGCCAAAGGGUUCUUCUUACUUUGGAGGAAAAGAAGGUUCCUUACAAGUUGAACCUUGUUAAUCUCAGUGACAAACCCCAAUGGUUCUUGGAGAUAAGUCCAGAAGGAAAGGUACCAGUGGUGAAGUUUGAUGACAAAUGGGUGGCUGAUUCUGAUGUGAUUGUUGGGAUUAUUGAAGACAAGUUCCCUGAGCCUUCUUUGAAAACACCCCCUGAAUUUGCCCAUGUUGGAUCGAAAAUAUUUGGUACUUUUAUCUCAUUUUUGAAGAGCAAGGAUGCAAACAAUGGAUCAGAGCAGGAUUUGGUUAAUGAACUGAAAGCAUUGGAUGAACAUCUUAAGGGACAUGGGCCGUUCAUUGCUGGGGAAAAGAUUACGGCUGUUGAUUUAGGUUUGGGACCAAAGCUGUACCAUCUCGAGAUCACACUUGGCCAUUUUAAGAAGUGGACUGUUCCUGAAAGCUUGACUUAUGUCCACAAUUACAUGAAGUCGAUUUUCGGUCGGGAAUCUUUCGUGAAAACUAAGGCUGCGAAGGAACAUGUGAUCGAGGGAUGGGCACCGAAGGUCAAUGCAUGAAUUUUACUUCAAAAGCUUUAGGUUUUUCAAACUCUUUCUAGAGCAUAUAAACUAUGAAAGUGUGUAGAGGCUGUGAAAACUAGAUGAAAACUGGGUGUUCCAGUCAUUUCACAAAUGUUUAAGCCUAUAGCUUUCAUUAUCCUUGCUAUGGUUAAUCAAUAAAUAAGUGGUAAGAAAUAUCUAUGAAUGGGAGAUUUUCUUUGGUAUA